AUAACAAUAUAAUGUUAAUUGCUGGAUCCAAAGUCCGGGCAGUUUCCAUGCUCUAUGUAUAAAUAUAGAAACUUGGAUGCAGUAUAAAGACGUGCCAAAUCCUGGUAAGCCACGUCUUGGCUCCAACUCCCUAACCACGCACCCCCUUUCCAUCACCAACUAACCCUGUCCAGCCACAAUGCGGCUCCCCAACUCUUCCCCCCUCCUUGCGACGGCAAGCCUCACCACCCUCUACUACAUCUCAUCCCUGGCCGCACUCGUCCCACCCAGCGAGACAACCCCCCCGCCAACCCUCCCCCCCGACAUAACCUUCACCCCAAACUACAUCCCCGCCAGCAUAACCGUCUCCACAGACAUCAACGCCACCUGCCACGUCAUCCUCUCCGUCACGGCCCCCAACCCCUCCCAGGGCGCCCUAGACUGCGGCUACGCCCUACACCGCACCUCGUACGCCUCCACCUCCGUCUCAACCCUGCUCAUCGACUGCCUCGGCUGCGACGACGGGCCCCCCCUCUCCGUCCGCGGCUGGCGGGUCAACUGCCCGCUAGGCCGCACCGUCUCGCCCUACGAGACGACCGUCACGUUCCCGGCGUCCACCUUCUUCACGUACGCGUGCAGCAGCACCAUAACCCGCACCCUGGCCCUCCCCACACCGGCCGUCACGGGCCCGCCGUACACGCCCGGGGCGCUGAUCGCCGUCUCGCCCAGCGGCGGGGGCGCCUGCACGGCGAGGCUGAGCCUGGCGCCGACGGCGCCGGGCCAGGUGCAGGAGGAGUGCGCCGGCGCCGGGCCGACGGCGACGGUGUGGCCCGGGACGGCGGCAACGAGCGAGGUCGGGGUCGACUGUGGCGGGUGCGCGACGCUGGAGGUGCGCGGGGACAGGCAUGGCUGUCCCAUGAUAGCCUCCAAGGGGCCGACGGCGACGGUCACGGCCGCUAGCCCGGCGACGAGGUGGAGCUAUGUCUGUGCAGCGAGCGCGACGCCGGAGACGGUCGAUUAGGUAGUCUAUGUUAAGAGGUACCUAGAUAGGUGGUUUAUUGCCGUUGUUGUCAGUCACUGUUGCCGUUGCUGCCAAUCGCUGUUGCCGUUGCUGCCAAUCGCUGUUGCCGUUGCUGCCAAUCGCUGUUGCCGUUGCUGCCAAUCGCUAUUGCCGUUAUCAGUCACUGUUGCCGUUGUUUUUAGUCCCCGUUCCGAGACCAUUUCAAACUG